ACUAUAUAUUCAGUGGAGUCGAGCAGCUACAAGCAGAUCGCGCAGAGCUCGAACGCGGUCUUCAUCGACAUGGAUUUGCUGCAGGUGGGCUCGGAGCCGGUGGGCGUCCGGUGCCCGCACUGCCAGGAGGACAUCAUGACGCAUGCCACCUACCGUAACAACACCACCACGCAUCUCGUCGCCGUUAUACUGGGGAUAUUCUUUUGGUGGUUAUGUUGCUGCGUGGUCCCAUAUGUAACGAAGAGGUGGAAGGACGUACACCACAGCUGCCCCAGCUGCCGAAAAUACUUAGGGGUGUAUACUCGGAAAUCAAUAUUAUAA